GGGACCGAGCCGUGCCGGGGAACGAGCGGACUGGAGCCUCGCUCUCUGUGCAACACCCUCACCCUUGUCCCUCCCACCACCCCCCGUUUGGUGUGGGUUGUGGUGGGGUUUUUUUUUCUUUUUUUUUUUUUGUGUGGUUUUUUUUCCCCCUCCUCCACCCUCCUGCAGCGAGUUAAAUAUUUCUUUUGUUAAUUGACGCCCCAAGUGUUCCCAAUCCCUUCCCCGCGCAGCCCGGGCCGGCCUAGGACGUGUGCACGCCCAGAUAUGCUCGGUGAAGCAGCACAGAUCCGCGGGGCUGAGUCGGUAUGUGGGUGAGGAGGUGGUGUAAAAGGAGCUACGAGCACAAAGCAGAUUUGUGAGGAAUAAUUUAACUCCAGUGUCUGUUGUUUUUCGGGGUUUUGGGUUUUUUUCCUUCUCUUUCUCCUUUCUCUCUUUUUUUUUUUUUUCCUGCUCAGGAUUUAAAUGUCACUCAAAGCAUCCCCAAAUGAGCUUUCUGCUCGUCUUCGAUUUCUUCCGAGGCAUUAAUUGGAUCACACGCUGCAUUUGAAGAGCUUGGGUGUUUUACCCACGAAGGAAAUUUGCUCCAUCUCCAGCAGCAACCACUGCUCCUUUUGAUGUUGUGGUACGCCGUGCGCAUGCGCUUCACAUUAGAAUUACUGCACUGGCCAGAAUAAGUUGGAUCUCUUCUUCUCUUCACUGAAACCCUAAAUCAUAUCAAAAGCUAAAGGGAUGCUGAGAGUCCGGAAAAAGGGUUACUUUGGGAUUUGGUCAUUCCCUUUAUUAAUAGCCGUGGUGUGUGCACAGAGCGUCAAUGACCCUAGUAAUAUGUCACUGGUAAAAGAGACCGUGGAUAGACUGCUGAAGGGCUAUGACAUUCGUUUGAGGCCAGAUUUUGGAGGUCCCCCAGUGGCUGUUGGCAUGAACAUAGACAUUGCCAGUAUAGAUAUGGUCUCAGAAGUCAACAUGGACUAUACCUUGACAAUGUACUUUCAGCAAGCCUGGCGGGAUAAGAGGCUGUCGUAUAAUGUAAUACCUCUGAACCUUACUCUGGACAACAGAGUAGCUGAUCAGCUCUGGGUUCCCGAUACCUAUUUUCUGAAUGACAAGAAGUCAUUUGUACAUGGUGUCACUGUGAAGAACAGAAUGAUCCGUUUGCAUCCAGAUGGGACAGUCCUUUAUGGACUCAGAAUUACAACAACAGCUGCUUGUAUGAUGGACCUACGGAGAUAUCCGCUGGAUGAGCAGAACUGCACACUGGAGAUUGAGAGCUAUGGCUAUACCACAGAUGACAUUGAAUUUUACUGGCGUGGGGGUGAUAAUGCGGUCACAGGAGUGACAAAGAUCGAGCUGCCACAGUUCUCCAUUGUAGACUACAAGCUUAUCACCAAGAAUGUUGUUUUCUCUACAGGUGCCUACCCAAGGCUGUCUCUCAGCUUUAAACUUAAGAGAAACAUUGGUUACUUCAUUCUGCAGACCUACAUGCCUUCUAUUCUGAUCACUAUCCUGUCCUGGGUUUCCUUCUGGAUUAAUUAUGACGCUUCAGCUGCAAGAGUUGCUUUAGGGAUCACAACUGUACUCACAAUGACAACAAUUAACACCCAUCUUCGAGAGACUCUUCCCAAAAUUCCAUAUGUGAAAGCCAUUGACAUGUACCUUAUGGGAUGUUUUGUCUUCGUUUUCAUGGCUCUGCUGGAGUAUGCAUUGGUCAACUACAUCUUCUUUGGCAGGGGACCUCAGCGUCAGAAGAAAGCGGCAGAAAAGGCUGCCAGUGCCAACAAUGAGAAGUUGCGAAUGGAUGUCAAUAAGAUGGAUCCACAUGAAAAUAUUUUGUUGAGCACACUUGAAAUUAAAAAUGAGAUGGCUGCCUCCGAGGCUGUGAUGGGGCUUGGGGACCCUAGAAGCACUAUGCUGGCCUAUGACACUUCAAGCAUCCAGUACCGGAAAGCUGGCUUACCCAGGCACAGCUUUGGUCGCAACGCCCUGGAGCGACAUGUGGCACAGAAGAAAAGUAGGCUACGGAGACGUGCAUCUCAACUGAAAAUUACCAUUCCUGACUUGACUGAUGUAAAUGCCAUAGAUCGAUGGUCGCGCAUAUUCUUCCCUGUUGUUUUUUCCUUCUUCAAUAUUGUGUAUUGGCUUUACUAUGUGAACUAAGAAACAAAGCCACACAGGAAGCAAGAACUGGAUUUCUCUUCAAAUCGGUUGUACAGCCAAAAGUGGGACUUAGAAAAAUUCUAUUCAGGACAAAAAGUUAUUUUAAAACACCUUAGUUGCUGGCCCACUCUAUGGUCUGGUUUUAUAAUGUUUCGGUUGUAUCUGCUAAAUCAUAAAUACGUGAAGUUGCAGUAUGGAUGGUAUCCCCUUAUCAAAAUAGAAGUGCAUUUUGAGUGUGAAGGCAAAUUGGAUUUUGACAAUCAUUUCUGUCUCAUUUUCCCUUGCUUUUUUUUUUUUAAUGGCCAUUUGAGUUUAGCGAUACAAAUCAUAGAAUGGCAUUUGAGAAACAGGUUUGAAUUUCAACAGCAGUGUGUACCAUUCCCAGGGAAACUGCAUAUCUGAGACAUGCAUCUACACUUAAGAAAGUGUACUAAGUUGUUAUCAUGCGUAUGAAACAUAUACACUUUACCUUUUAAAUGUGUAAACUUGAAAACAAGUAGUGCCUAUCAUCUUUCCAAGGUGAUGAUGGUCAGAGGUUUCCCAACCAUAUUCAGGUAUUUCCUGUUAUUUAUUGAAAGAACUAAACCUUUGACUGAUAAUAUUAGGGUUGGGUGUUUGCACAGAAGCUGAAGCAAAAAGCACUAGUUUUGUUGGGUUUUUAAAGAGAGAACAUAUGCUCACAAUCACAAUGACUGUAGUUGUGAUCAACAGAGGAAUGUAGCAAUGGUAUAAAAAUGCAUCAGCUCUGGAUGGAUAGAUAUGCUGCUGGUUUGUGUUGGGGAAAGGAAAUCGUCUGUCCAAAGUGCCAAAAUUGCUUGGCCAAAUAGUAAUUCCCUAGGUGGGUGAAGGGAACCAGUGGUGCCCUGCCUGUCUGGGGUAGGGAGAGCUAGAGAGCAAUCAUCAAAUACAGGGCCAAGGAGAGGGAAGGCUACCCAUGUGUAAAAGUGUGUGUGCAAGUGAAUGGUGGCAGUUACAGCACGUACCUUAGUCUGAAAUCCUCAUGUGGAGUUGUGCCAUUUCCUCCAAGUUUGCAAUCCAGUGUUAUCUUUGCUACUGGUGUUAUGCUUAACGCUUUACAUCCAGUUUGAUUAAGGGUAAUCGUACCUCUUUCAACAGUAAAGAUCCGAGCAUGUGUACUUCAGUAGAAGAAAUACUGACAGGGUAUUUUCUCAGUCUGGAUUAGGCAAUGCCAUUUCACUUUUUAAUUUCUUUUUCCUUAAUGCACUGUUUUAAAGGGAAAAAUUUGGUAGCCAUCACUUUUAGAGUUUAAUUCUACUCUUGACUGUUUCCUGCUUUAGGAUGAUUUCCAUUGAAAAACUAGCAAAUUUCAGUUUUGCUUUAGGAAACAUUUUGAAAUAAAAGGUUGAGUUCUUUCAUUCCACAGAGCUUUACUCUUAUGGGCAAAAUAGAAUAGACAAAAGAUAGAAUUUUAUAGGCAAAUUAGAGUUUGCGAUUUAGUCCAUUGUGGAAACUUUUUCGUAAUGAAAAAAAAAUUAUCUGCAAGAACCAUAUAAAAAGUAUAAAUUCCUAAUGGCUUUUACUAAAUCAGAUCCCCAGUAUUGUUUGACACAGAAUAUUUCAUUAAGCAAAAGCCACAUCUGUUGUAUCUAUGCUACCUCUCAUCUGUGUACAAAUUUCUGAAAGAAACUAGAAUUCAAGUAUCUUCUAAAUAGCAAAGGAAUUAUUUCAGGCAGAUACGUUUUCCCCAUUUAAGUAUUCUUUUGGCAAUACUUUAAGAUAGUUCUUAAGAAUUUUUUUCACAAAAUAUUUUCUUUGAAUUUUUUGUUCUUGUUUUAAAAGAGUAACUUUCUUAUAAGUUUCUGUGGGGUUUUUUUUCCCCAUUUGACAGUGAAUGAUAGCAAUAGGAGGAAAACAGUUCUGGGAACUAAUAGGCCAAUUUUCUGACUUUGUUUUGAGCAUACCAUCCACUUAUUUCUGCUUCAAAAUGGGAGGGAAUAGUGCUGAGCCUGAAAUGGGGUUUGCCAGCCCUACACACCGCCUGUUGUUUUCAAGGGAGUUGCGUGUACGUUCACGUACUGCCUCCAGGUUCAGACUCUGCAAUAUGUAGAGACAGGCUUUCGUCAUGCGAUUAACUUUCCAAGACAAAAUGUUGGGUUUGGAUCACAUACUUAAUUUCUGACUCCAUUUCACACAUAACGCAAUAAGCUUUGUAGAUGCAUUUGGAAUUUCGACUGAUAGGUAUGAAUCAUGUUGGGAUUUUUUCCCAAUUCUAAGAAAAGGAGACACAUCAAAAUUCAGUAGUUCUCUUCAAAGUCUGUCCUUUAAAAAUGGUAUUAAUUAUCGUAAAUGAAAGCAGUCUUAGAGUAUUCUUCUGUACAAGCUUUUCUUUCAUUUCACAAAUUGCUGCCAACUCCUUUUUUAUUUCAGAGAAGCAUAGUGUGAAUACAGGGAGCUCACAGCCUGUUUGUGGUCGAUACACAUCAAGUAGAGAACCUUACAGAGAAUAUGUUGACUCUGCGUUGGUUUACUGCAUCAGCUCUUAUGAAAACCACAAAGACUGAAUCCUAGAACUGCACAUUAAUUUAUCUGAAGUUACAGUACAAGCCAUAAUACUCUCUGAUGUUGCUAUUCAGAGGGUGAAAGAAAAUGUCUGGUUUCUGCUCAGGUGUCACUAGGAAAGAUAUAUUAUCCGGGAGGAAGGAGCACUUGCUUUUACUGUGUCCUUCUGGCUAUUAAUGUGAUGUAUAAAUUAGUGAAAGAGAAGGAUUCUAUCAUUUUGUACUGAGGCUUAACACUGUGAUACAAAAAGAUGGGGGUGAGAAAGCCUGGCGAGGCACUGUCAAGGGAAAAGUAUAACUUGAGCCUAAGGUGAGCACUUACUCCUCUUCUGAGAUACUUGAGUGAGAAAUUACGCCAACAUACACGAGAGAUGGGGUUUGCUAUGUGUGCCACCCUGCAGGUAAACUAGAAUAAAUUUGCUUUUAGUUUAGAAUUGACUGAAAAUGAAUAUUCUAGAUCCUCUUAAUCGUGUUAAUUGUUGUUAGUUUCAGUAAGCAAAAUAAUUAAGUUAAUAAUUUAGAUAAACCUUGUAAUAUAGUUGCACAUUUUAUUGUUCUAAUAGACAUGAUAGCCAGCAAUUAAGGUGUUUUUCAUCUUUGUGAAAUUCAUGGGCAAAUUAUGACUAUAACAUGGCACAGUUUUAAUGAAAUCUUUGAGAUCAAUCUGUAAAUAUAUACUGUACAUGACUGCUAGUAAGUAUGAUACACAUUUUCAGAACUGAAAAUUCAUGCAACAUAUUUCUGUGUUUGCAUAAGGAAUGUUAUGUUUCUAUCCUGUUGCGGUUUAAUGACUGGGAAGAAAGACUCAAGCAAUGACAUUGUGACCAUUUCUUUUCUCAUUCCCAGGGGAGGAAAACAGAGUCUUAGAUAACAGCAUGUCGCAGAGCUCUUCAGAGAGUUUUUACAUUCUAAUACAAAGGACAUAAAAUCUGUAAGGUACAAAAGCACAAUGCACAGAGAAAAUGAGUAUGGUCUUACACCUGGGGAACAAAUCCCAUUUGUUUCUGACAAACAUGCAUUAAAAUUAAAGAAUCAAUUGAUUUUUCACUAUAAUUAUUAGACUGUGUUCCAAUUCAAUACUGUAACACAGUGCUAAACAUAAGUGAACGGAUGUUAAACAUUAUCCAGCUAUAUGUGCAUAUGGACAUAUACCUAAAUGUCUGUAUGGACAUAUGUGUGUAUAUAUACACAUACUGAGUAUAUAUAUAUGCACACACAUUCAUAUGUUGGCGUGUUAAAGGAAUAAGCUAAUAAUAGUUUUGUUUCUACCAUCAACCAGUGUAUGAAUAUAUUUUUGAGAAAAAAAGAUUAAUGUAUUAAAAAAAACCAACUUACUAUACAGGGUAACUGGGCAUUUCUAUAUCAGCAGAUCAAUGCUUAUAAUUCGUAUGGAGCAUUGCACCGUUUGCCAUGAUGAUAGUACUGUACCUCCUAGCAUCUGAAAUUAGACUAGUCCUCACAUUGCUUGCCUAUUUCUUCUCUCUCUUUUUAUAACAGCAUUGUCCACUAGUAAGUUUUCAAAACCGACGAAUUCCUUAGGGAACCAAGAAAAAAAAAGGCAAAAAUAUUAACUAUUUCUAGAAAAUAAUCUAGGGUGGGAUGGCCAGGGUACAAUACUAUAUCAGUAGUGAUCAUAACAUUUUGCUAUGUGUACAUAGAACAUACAAUGUGAGCAACCAUAACUUAAGCUGAACGUGUGUAAAUAUUAUCAGAUUUCUUAAACAUUUUUAACUUCUAAUUUGUACUUUAUGGUAAGGCAAAAAGCUAAUUCUACUUAUGGUUUAGGUUUAUGUGUCCUAAAAUUAUGUAAAUAAUUAAAUAAGCUGUAAAUGAGCAGUCGAUAGAUACAGUAAUUGUUUAGUGACUUUUUUUUACUAAGUACAAUAAUUGCAGUGCUCUAGCAGAGUAAUUUAAACACCCUUUUGCAUAAACAGAUUUGGAUUCCAGAUAUAAAAAAGUACAGAAAGUACUGUAGUGUAAAAUAGCCAUCGCGGCAAUGUUACUGCUAGCACAAUCGAUUCUUUUGUACGGCGAAAAUGUUCAGGCCACAGAAGGUGGUAGCUCAGCACUCAGUACUCAGAUGAGCAUAAACAGGGCCUGGGUCUCACUUACAGGACAGCGCCUUUAUGUUGCUCCAGUGAGUGGGGAGGUGAAGGGACCCAGGGUAAGUGAGAAUUCAGCGGUCGGUGAUUUCAUUACAGAAAGCCUGCAUAUUGCGUCUGUCUGUUUCUGAAAUCUGUAUCUCUUAUGGUAUCUAAUAGUAGACUUAUAUUUUUCUUUACCAAAAAAAAAAAUAAAAAAUGUUUGACUGUCGUUAGAUAGCAUAGUCCCCCAAAGCCAAAGAAUGCUCACUCCAGAAAUUGUUUAAAAGGGAAAUCUAAUAAGUCACUGCUUAACACCAAAGGUAAAGCUUAAUAAAAUGCACUAGGAACUUUGUCUAAAUUUUUAAGAAGCAAAUGGAAUGUUGAUCAAAAAUACUGCCCUAUUCUACUUUGUAAAAAUAGUAAUAAUUUAAAUAACCGUUAAUAUAAAAUUGAAAUAGAUCAUCUCUACAAGAAUAUGCAACACUAACACUUCAUAAGUAUAAAAUUAUUUUCUUUGUAAGUGCUUUGACAAAAAAUGAAACUUAAAUGAUGAAAAAUCUCACCUCUACUUUCAUACUAAGGGUUGUAUUUUUUUAAUGUUUUUCAGACAUGAGGUCAUCUAUUCCAAUUUGAUAACAUUUUGUAUGUUUUCACUGUUACUGUCAUUUGACAGAUACUCACCAGGCUGUAUUGUUCAUGGUCUGUCCUGUUACUUUCAGUUGAAGACAAAAAGAACAUUUGAAACAUGAUUAAUUCUAACAAGCUGACUAUGAUUUGACUUCUAUCACAUUUUUAUUUGCAUGGGUGUUUAAAUGGUUCUGUUAGUACUGUCUUUGCACAGUUCUGAUUUAUCUUUUUUUUACUUAGUACUAUUUACUUCAUAAUGUAGUAAUCAUCAGCCUUACUAAUGACCUUGUAGCCUUUCUUAUAUGCACAUAAUGCACAUUUUCCAAUGGCUAGAAAAUGCAAAAUACUAGUGGAUAUCAUUGCAUCAGAUCUUCAUGUCUUUCUCAAAAGGACUGCUAACCUCUGGGAUAUAUGAGGUAGUAAAAUGAUGAUUGUAAAUGAGUAGCACAUAAGAGAUAUUUUCUUGAAUUUAAAAUUAUUGCAGCCAGUUUCAGCAUGUAAAUAUAUAAUAAUGUUGGCUAGUGUGUAAUUCUUGAACUAAAAAAAUAUAAAUAAAGAAAACCUAAAA